GACCCUGUCUCAAAAAAAAAAAAAACCCUGUUGCUACAAGACAGUGCUAAUUUGCUUCUAUCUUGUUUUUUUCUGGAAGGCCCUCCCAUAGAUCCUGAUGAAGACUCUGACAACAGUGCAAUUUAUGUGCAAGGAUUAAAUGACAAUGUGACUCUUGAUGAUCUGGCAGACUUCUUUAAGCAGUGUGGGGUUGUUAAGAUGAACAAGAGAACUGGACAGCCCAUGAUCCACAUCUACCUGGACAAGGAAACAGGAAAGCCCAAAGGGGACGCCACAGUGUCCUAUGAAGACCCACCAACCGCCAAGGCUGCCGUGGAGUGGUUUGAUGGGAAAGAUUUCCAAGGAAGCAAACUUAAAGUCUCUCUUGCCCGAAAGAAGCCUCCCAUGAACAGCAUGCGGGGUGGCAUGCCGCCGCGUGAGGGCAGAGGAGUGCCGCCCCCGCUCCGCGGAGGUCCAGGUGGCCCGGGAGGGCCUGGGGGACCCAUGGGUCGCAUGGGAGGCCGUGGAGGAGACAGAGGAGGCUUCCCCUCAAGAGGACCCCGGGGCUCCCGAGGGAACCCCUCUGGAGGAGGGAAUGUCCAGCACCGAGCAGGAGACUGGCAGUGUCCCAAUCCGGGCUGUGGAAACCAGAACUUCGCCUGGAGAACAGAAUGCAACCAGUGUAAGGCCCCAAAGCCUGAGGGCUUCCUCCCGCCACCCUUCCCACCUCCGGGUGGUGACCGUGGCCGAGGUGGCCCUGGUGGCAUGCGAGGAGGCAGAGGUGGCCUCAUGGACCGCGGUGGUCCUGGCGGAAUGUUCAGAGGUGGCCGUGGUGGAGACAGAGGUGGCUUCCGUGGUGGCCGUGGCAUGGACCGAGGUGGCUUUGGCGGAGGAAGGCGAGGUGGUCCAGGGGGGCCCCCCGGACCUUUGAUGGAACAGAUGGGAGAAAGAGGCGGACGUGGAGGACCCGGGAAGAUGGAUAAAGGUGAGCACCGCCAGGAGCGCAGAGACCGGCCCUACUAGACACACCCCGCAGAGCUGCAGUGACUACCAGAUUUAUUUUUUAAACCAGAAAAUGUUUUAAAUUUAUAAUUCCGUAUUUAUAAUGUUGGCCCCAACAUUAUGAUUGUUCC